AUGAGGUUCAUUCUCCCAAUGGUCCUAUCCUUCGCGGCAUAUGCGAUAGCAGACUGUGAAUGCGGUUAUUCCUCUUCAAUUGGCGAUUCUGUAAUACCCUACAUCUUCACCGACCUUAUUGAAUCAGAUUUCUUGCACAUUUCCAAUAUUACUCUCGAUACCGACUGGAGACCACAGCAAUUCAAUGUGUCGGCUGCCGCUGGACGCGGUUCAUAUGGUAUGAACUACAGCAUCGAGCAAGUAGCCUCGAAUCCCAUACUUGAUGAGAGCAUAUGGUCUGGAAUUGGGAAAUUUGGUGCUGAUCCUGGUGUGCAACUGACUGUCGACGGAGGAGACCCUGCCAAUGGAUUUGUUCAGACUGCGGAGAUGGAUUCGGCCCGUGAAGACUUACUUUGGGGAACAUAUAGAGCUGCCUUGAAGUUGACCUUAACUCCUGGUACCUGUUCAGCUUUCUUUUGGUACUUUAACGACAGCCAAGAAAUCGAUAUGGAAUUUCUAUCUUCUCAAUUCAACGUUGAUAACAACACAUUUCCUGUCAAUCUUGUUCUACAAUCGGUGGAAUCAGUCCAGGCUGGCUACAACGCUGCUGUCACUGGUAACUAUGUUGUGGCGAAUCUUCCCUUCAACCCGGCCACUGGCUACCAUGAAUAUCGUAUCGAUUUCAUCCCUGGAAACGUCAUAUUCUAUGCCGAUGGAAAGAUUCUCGCAAAAAUGAACAGCACCGCAGUCCCGACAUCGCCUGGCCAUAUGAUUCUCACUCAAUGGAGUAAUGGAAACUCUCUAUGGUCUUCGGGUCCGCCAUCACAGGAUGCCGUCAUCUCUGUCAGCUACGUAAAAGCUUACUUCAAUUCCUCAGAUCCAAUGCGUGAGACGGCCUUGACAAAACGUUGCAAAGACCCUAGUGCUGCGAACGCCAUUUGUGCCAUUCCAGACCAGACGUUGGCUCCUAAUGGUAAUGUUUCCGCAAGUACAUAUUUCUUCAGCGAUGAAAAGAAUCAGACGAAUAACCAAACGGUGUACAAAAAGAGUGGAGCAACCACAGCUAAAACCAUGGGACCUCUGAGUUCAAUAUCAUUGAUGGUUCUCCUUUCUGUGAUUGUGAUCUUGCUAUAA